CAGGCCCCAGUCAAGGAGAGGUCGCUGAACCAGGCCAAAUGACACCUCCUUCUCCGAUUCUCCUCAUCCAUUUCUUCCUCCUUUUCUUAUCAUCACCAAUGAUAGCCACCGGCGCCGCCGUCUCCUGCAGGGACACAUGCGGCUCCACGCCCGUAAAGUACCCCUUCGGCACUGGCCCCGGCUGCGGCUCGCCUCUAUUCCAUCCAUACAUAACAUGCUCACGCAACGCCACUGGCGGCGACCAGCUCUUCCUCACUACUCACACUGGCUCGUACCCUGUUACCACCAUAUCCUACACCGCCUCCACCAUAACUAUCACCCCACCGUGCAUGUCCACCUGCACAUUCAUGCAAACCUCGCCCACCAAUUUUGGCUUAGACUGGACGACGCCGUUCCAGCUCGGUUCUUCCACCUUCAUCCUCUUAUCCUGCGAACCACCCACGUCGUCCCUCGCCGUCAAAUACACGCCCAUCUGCGACCUUUCGUACGACCACCUUUGUGCUACGUUGUACACUUGUCCUUCUGUCGUGUCCAUUGGUCUGCCUCUCUUCGCUCCUACCAAUACUUGUUGUGUAUACUCGCCGGCGAAUCUUGACGAGGAGGGAGAAUUGAACUUGAGGUCGCUUAAGUGCCGGGCUUAUACUUCAGUAAUGUCGCUGGGGGAUAACCCGACCGACCCGACCCGGUGGGAGUAUGGAGUCGCUGUGAAGUAUUCUUCUGGGAGUUUAGAUAACAGCGCUGUGAGCAGCAAGUGUAACAGUUGCGAGAUUAGUGGUGGAAUUUGCGGGUACAGUUUGCCCGGGAAUUCGUUUGUGUGUGUUUGUAAAGGCGGGUUCAACACCAGCUUGGAUUGCUCUAAUCAAAAUCAGAAUCCGGACUUCCUUUGGGCCUCCGAUUCAGCUCCUUUUUCGACCCGUGAUCGUGUUUGGAGUUGGAUCUUGGCAGAGCUUGUUUGGUACCUAGUUAUGAUGCUCAAUAGGGAGGUCUUCUGAAUUUUUAGCACUUGAUAACUCAUUAGUUAGUCUGGUGGCAAGGGAAGAUGUAAGCUUUUUUUUUUUUUUUGGUGAGGGAAAGUCCCUAAUGAAUAUGUGGAGUGUGUAUUUCCUCCUCUAUGGGGAGGGUAUAUUUAUUUAAAUUGUCGCAUUCAAAAGUUUGAGGAGAGGGGAAAAAAAAAAAAAGA